GCAAAAAGGCAACUUUUGUUUCUUGGGCCGGUUCUGCCCUCCGAGCCGGUGCGCGCGCCCGCCCGCCCGCCAGCCAGCCGGGCAGAGGGGAGCCUCCAGGGGGUGUUGAAAACGCAUAAGGUUUAGAACUUUGAAUGGAAUAAGCAUGAAGAGCUUGAAAGCAAAGUUUAGGAAGAGCGAUACCAAUGAGUGGAAUAAGAAUGAUGACCGACUGCUGCAAGCUGUGGAGCAUGGCGACGCAGAGAAAGUGGCAUCGCUGCUGGGUAAAAAGGGAGCCAACGCCACCAAACACGACAGUGAGGGCAAGACUGCCUUCCACCUGGCUGCCUCCAAGGGGCAGGCAGAAUGCCUCAGGAUUAUGAUGACUCACGGUGUGGAUGUAACAGCACAAGAUGGGACAGGGCACAGUGCAUUGCACCUUGCAGCCAAGAACAGCCACCCUGAUUGUGUCAAGAGGCUCCUUCAGUCUAAAUGUCCACCAGAGAGCACUGAUAGCUCUGGGAAGACAGCUUUACACUAUGCAGCUGCUUGUGGCUGCCUUCAAGUAGCUCAGCUCCUGUGUGAACACAAGUGUCCAAUUAAUGUCAAAGAUGUGGAUGGGAAUAUACCUUUGUUACUGGCUGUACAAAAUGGCCACACCGAAGUAACCAAAUACCUUCUGGAGCAUGGCGCAGACAUCAAUUCCAGAGACAAAAAUGGAAGGACGGCUCUGAUGCUGGUGUGCGAAGCAGGAAACCUCAGCAUUGCAGAAGUCCUCGUCCGAAAAGGUGCAGACAUAAGCCUGGUGGAUGCACUUGGACACAAUGCCCUGCAUUAUGCUGCAGUCUCUGAAAAUACAGGGAUUCAGAAUCUCCUUCAGUUGAAAAUUGUUCAAGACGCUGAUUUCAAGUCACCAACAAAGCCAAAGCAGCAUGACCAAGUCUGUAGAUUAAGUUCUGAAAGAAGUGGAACUCCAAAAAAACGCAAAGCCCCACCACCACCUCCUGUCAGUCCUAUCCAGCUUAGCGACCUGUCCUCUCCACAUUCAACAACUUCAACCCCAGUGUCUGGGAAAGGCCAGCCUUCCUUUGCUGAGCACGGAUCCAAGCAGGAAGAUAUCAGUGCCAUUCACUCUGAUGGCAAGGAUGGGAUGAGCGAUAGUACUGCAGGUGCUGAUAGUUUAUUGGAUGUAAGUUCAGAAACAGACCAGCAAGACUUGCUUUUACUGUUACAAGCAAAAAUUGCAUCUUUGACCUUGCAUAAUAAGAAACUGCAAGAAAAAUUACAGGCACGCGCACUCAAGACAGAAGACCUGGAUGCAACACUGGAUUCUUCUCGUUCCACCUGUGCGGAGUUUGAUCACUCAACGGACAGGCUAAGUGAGAGCUCGGCAGCAGCGGCUCAGGAGAUCAGCUGCUCUUCGCUGAGCUUAGCACAAGCUCAGGAAGAGGCGAGCAGUAACGAAGUGAAAAUCAGACAGCUGCAAGACAACUUAAAGGAGGUGCAAAAAAGGCUGGACAGCUCAGAAGCGAAGAGGCGGCAUUUGGAGACGCAGCUUCAGUCCGGAACACUGGAUACCCUUUGCUUGCUGAACAGCUCUGACAUUUCCGAAAACGGCUCCGACCUCAACCAGAAACUGAGAGAAACCCAAAGCAAGUACGAAGAAGCGAUGAAGGAAGUCCUGCACGUCCAGAGGCAGAUGAAGCUAGGCCUGGUGGCUUCCGAAAGCAAAGAGGCGGACCUGCAGGAGCUCAGAGCCACGUGCGAGGAAGUCGAGGCGCUGAAGGAAGAACUGCAGAAGGCGCAAGAAGAGGGCGAGAGGCUCCGAGCGAAAGUGAGAGAGCUGGAGGAGAAGCUGGCGGAGAGAGAGAGGGCUGCGGCCGGCACGAUGUCAGCAGAAGAAUGCGAGGAGAUGAGGAGCUCCUAUUGCUUGGUUAUUGAGAACAUCAACCAGGAGAAGGCGCUUCUGAUUGAGAGGUACAAGGAGGGACAGGAGGAGAUCAGGAAGCUCCAAGAGAAGCUGAGAUGCCAGAUGGAGUCUGGGCAAGGUGAGGAAGCCGAGGAGGUGAGAGAUGCAAAGAACCAAAUGAUCACCGAGUUGAACAGGCAGGUCAGCAAGCUCUCCCACCUGUACAAAGAAGCCCAGGCGGAACUUGAAGAUUGCAAGAAAAGAGGUGUUGCAGAGGAUGCCGAUUCAGGAUGCAUCCCUCUGGAGGAACACGAGAAGCUGAUAGAGGUCACCGUCUUGCAGAGAGAGCAAGCCGAGGGCGCCCUGUUGGAAAUGAAGGCCCAGUAUGCAAAAGUGUUGAGCGAAGCAACCCAGCUCCAGAACCUGGUUGAUUCACAGAAGAAGAACUCUGUCUCCAUAACGGAGCAUCUCCAGGUGGUGACUUCUCUCAGGGCUUCGCUGAAGGAAAUGGAAGAAGAAAUCGGCGAGCUCAAAAUGCAGAUUCUGCACAAGGAAGGUGAGGUGCAGCGACUGCAGAGGGAGCUCUUGGAAGAAGAAGCCGCUGUGUGCGAAGCUAUGGUGCCCAGGGCAUUGUAUGAAGAGCUGCGAUCUACUUCAGAGGGAGAAGUCAACUCCAUGCUGUCCAAAGUGAAGGACUUGACAAAAGAGAGAGAAAACCUGUCUGCGGAUCUUGCUCAUUUGAGGAAGGAAAUCUCACAAGUGAAAGGGGAGAAAGAGAGCCUCCGGACUCUCCUGGAAGCCAAGGAACAGGAAGUCAAAAGACUGCUUCAUCAGUACCAUCAAGCUCAAGAAGAGCUGCUUGAAAUGAAAAAGGCCUCUGAGAAUUCCUCGAAACUAGAAGAGGAUAAAGAUAGGAAGAUAAUGGACAUGACAAAGGAAGUUAGUAAAUUGAAGGAAGCACUGAACAGCCUGUCCCAACUUUCCUACUCAACUGGCACACCCAAGAGACAAAGCCAACAGCUGGAGCUAUUGCAACAACAAGUCAAGCAACUACAGAACCAGCUGACUGAAACAAAGAAGCAACACCAGGAGAUAGUCUCUGUUUACAGGACACAUCUGCUGUAUGCUGUGCAGGGCCAAAUGGAUGAGGACGUCCAAAAAGUGCUCAAACAGAUCUUAACAAUGUGCAAGAGCCAAUCGCAAAAGAAAAGUGAAACGAUUUUUGCCGAUCCCUAAUGGUGCUGCUCUAGAGAUUGAGACUCGCCUUAAAAUGAGAUUUGAUUGGCACCCCCCCCCAACCCCAGGAGGGAGCUGUCACAUGUCUCUGCCACUCUUAUUUCUUUAUUUUUAUGUAUUAUGAGCUAAUGUGUUGUCAUGUCUUCCCCUUGCCCCCAACCUAAAGUUCCCAGAGUGCUAUUUUUGUGUAUUGGAACAGAAACGUACAACUCUCUGUAAAUUGCCAUUACUUUAAAUCAGGGGUGGUCAAAGUCUGACCUACAGUAUUAGAAAGUGGCUCAGUGCUUCCUUUGGUGCAAGCCGUUGGAAGUCUCGGCUUGCAGUGUUGCAUUUUGGAUAUGAAUAAGUGCAUCUUCUGGAGUGGAUUUUUCAGUUCUUGGUUAUCUAAAGAGGGGAAAACAAACCAGUUCAUAGGUUUUAAGACCCUCCAACGUCCAGGAUAACAGUAGAUGCAACUCGGAUUUUGAAAUUCCUUUGGCCUUGUUAAUUGAAAGGUGUGGCAGGGGGUGCCUCCUUGAUAAGGCAGGGCCCACAGCCUGUACAUACUACAUGACCAGUGAUGUGUACUAACUCGAUAACGUAAAGCAUAAACUUGCAGGUUAAUGAAUUUUGAAGACGGCUAAUUCUGCUAAAACCCCAGUUUCUUUAUCAAACAGUAGGUCAAGUUAUCUAUGCAAAUCCUUGCAGUGCUAUUGGCUAUGGAGCUCAGGAGGAAGAAAACGCAGCGUUCCAAACUACAAACAAGGGAUCCGAAUGAACUCAUGAUGUUUACAGUGAGCGCUGUUGUCUCACGGUUCCUAACCUCACUUUUGUAAAAGAUCUCCUCUACAAUAUAUUUUUACUGGCCCUCAAAUUUAGAAAUGUCUUUUUGUAAUUAAAGCCAUUUGCCUAUUUAACACUACUACUACUUUCUGUUUUUCUGCAGUAGCCUUUAAUACCAAACGAUUUAGGCGGUGGCCUUUUUCUCCGUCUCUCUCCCCAUUCGCCCAGCUGUUGUAAAAUGCAGCAGAGGUAUCCCAAUCCCCUGGGGAAAGGCUCUGUUGAAGCAGAACUGCCCAAAUACUGUACAAAAGAGGAAUUACUAGCUUUCUUGCCAAAUGUUGUAACACCAAGAAGCACAGAGAAGCCUUGCGUUUUUCAUUUUCAAGAGCAGUAACAUCUGUAUGACAUAGGAGUGCUCCUGCAAAUUGCUUUCAUGCCUGCAAAUCCUUUAGCAGAAAAAGAUAACAGUUAUAACUCUGUAUGUGAUAUACACUCAGGUAUGGAUAGAAUGGGUCCAGCAAUAGAGUGUGUGUCUCUCUUGAUUUGAUUUUUUUUUUAAAUAUAGUGUGUGAUUAUCCUAUUUCACCAGCCAUUUUCACACCAGAUUUAUGUUGUAAACUGCUUUCAAAACCAGGCUUAAACCAGCAUGACUGCUUUGACAUCUCGCAGCCUACCAUGAGAAUUGCAGCUUUCUGGGGGAUUUUGUUGUUGUUGGAGACCUGCACAUAAAUAGCCAGGUGCGAUAGCAGUUUUUCAGGUUUUAAAUCAGUUUGCAAGAGCACUCCUAUAAGAAUCAGGGGGGCCUUCUUUAAAGCCUUCAAGAAGAAUUGGGAAUACCAUACAUGUGCUGCAACAGCAGUUUUGUGUGUCGAGAGAGACCCAGAAGCCUAAGCAACUUACAUUGUACCUAAAGGGAAUAACCAUUUUGAUUGUCAAUGUGUCUUCAACUUACAGCAUGGUAUUACUCCUAUCGUCUGCUGCAGAAAUUCCCAGAGCUCUUCAAUAAGUGAAGUCUAUAGGUAGGCAAUUUACUCAGUGCCUGAGGGACUACCACAUUUAUCAUGUGCUAAAUUAGCCUUCCCUGGGGCUACAGGUGUGGUUGGACUACAAUUCCCAUCAUCCACGAUCCUUGCCAUAUUAGCUGUGGAUAAUGAGGGUUGUAGUCUUCUAGCACCUAGGGACUCAAGGCUGCAUUAAAUAGUAGCCUACCAUUUUAUACAGCAGCCAAAUUUAAAUGGAUUAAGAACAUAGGAUCUCCUGGGUCUUUAUAUUAUUAAUAUUAUUAUUAUUUGAAUCUCCUUGGUUUAACUAAUACCUAUUAAUUUGGACAAUAUUUCAUAGUUAGAUACCUUUUUUUAAACGUUCCAAAGAAAUGUGAAAGUUUUGCUGCAGUACUUACAAAAAUAAAAAUAACAGGUCUAAAAUAUGCCAAGAAAUGCUGCCAAGUACAAAACUUGAGGAACCGUUUUGUAGGUUGCCUGACAAAAACCUUAGCUUUUACCUUGUUUUGUUAUGUGUAUUUAUUACAAUUAUCAUUGUGGAACAUUGGAAAUUGUACACUAUAGCUUAGUGAUUGUCCUUUGUAUGUAAUUUUACAAACGUUUCAUUCCGCAAAUAAACAGUUUCUUUUUUUCUUUUUUU